AUCGUUAUUUAAAUGGGGUAACAUCAGAAGGAAAACUGCCUUCAAAAACAUCUUUCUCUUGCACUUUCAACCCAUUUUAAGCACCGUAAACACACACACGUGUACAAACUACGUAUUCACUAAGAUUUCAACAGUGCAGACGGGGCAAAUCUACAGAAGGAGUGUGUCAAUAAAACGGCCUUCUCUCUUAUAAUAUAGAUGAGAUUGAACACGACAACACCACAAGCCCGGAAAUAACAAGCCUCGGUGAAUCAUAAUCCAUUCGACAGAUAUUUGCAGUGGGAGACCCAAUGUACAUGUAUUUAAAAAACUAUGGCAGCUAAAAAUAUAGGGGCAGAAAAAACGGACAAAAAGUGGCAUGCACAUCUGCUAAGUAAGUUGGAUGGAAAGCUGACAGAUGAGGAGGUGAGAAAACUGAAGCACUUUCUUGGGACUGCGGAAACGCUCACCCUCAAUGAACUGGGGAAGUGCAGUAAUUUUUGCGAUGUGUGGAACAGUCUUGAAAGGGCACGAAAGCUGGCAAUCGGUGAUUACGACGAACUGAGUGAGUUGAUGGAGAUGCUCAAACGCAUGGACUGUGUUGGUGUGAUCAAUGACCACAAGGGCAGAAUAGAAGAUUACCGUGCAAACCAGCAUCUCUCACAGUCUCAGAAAACGUCUGUCGGUAGGCCUUCAGGUGGCGCAGUGCCUAAAACUACGGCAAGUGAUGAGAAAGAAUGCUCUCAGCAUCUCUCACAGUCUCAGAAAACGCCUGUCGGUAGGCCUUCAGAUGGCGCAGCGCCUAAAACUACGGCAAGUGAUGAGAAAGAAUGCUCCCAGCAUCUCUCACCGUCUCAGAAAACGCCUGUCGGUAGGCCUUCAGAUGGCGCAGUGCCUAAAACUACGGCAAGUGAUGAGAAAGAAUGCUCUCAGUCUCAGAAAACGCCCGUCGGUAGGCCUUCAGAUGGCGCAGCGCCUAAAACUACGGCAAGUGAUGAGAAAGAAUGCUCUCAGAGUCAGGGUAAAUCUCUAGCCAAAGCCGCCAGAGACGGAGAUACUGCAGCAGUCGUCAAAUUGCUAUCAGAUGGAGCACAUGUAGACUAUGUAGACUAUGAGAUUUAUACGAACGGCUGGACGGCGCUAAUGUACGGCUCCAAAAACGGUCACCUUGAUGUCGUAGAUUAUCUAUUGAAAGGUGGCGCAGAGGUCGACAAAGAGACGAAGGACGGCUGGACGGCGCUAAUGAUCGCCUCCCAUUACGAUCAGCCUGAUGUUGUAGAUGUUCUAUUGAAAGGUGGCGCAGAAGUUGACAAAGAGAAGAAGGACGGCUUCACGGCGCUAAGGAUCGCCUCCCAAUUCGGUCAGCCUGGUGUCGUAGAUGUUCUAUUGAAAGGUGGCGCAGUGGUUGACAAAGAGAACAAGGACGGCUGGACGGCGCUGAUGAUCGCCUCCCGACACAGUCACAUUGGUAUCGUAGAUGCUCUAUUGAAAGGUGGCGCAGAGGUUGACAAAGAGAAGAAGGACGGCUUUACGGCGCUAAUGGUCGCCUCCCAAUUCGGUCAGCCUGAUGUUGUAGAUGUUCUAUUGAAAGGUGGCGCAGAAGUUGACAAAGAGAAGAAGGACGGCUGGACGGCGCUAAUGAGCGCCUCCAAAAACGGUCACAUUGGUGUCGUAGAUGCUCUAUUGAAAUGUGGCGCAAAGGUUGACAAAGAGAAGAAGGACGGCUCGACGGCGCUUACGAUCGCCACCGAAAACGGUCAGCCUGAUGUUGUAGAUGCUCUAUUGAAAGGUGGCGCAGAGGUUGACAAAGCGAAGAAGAACGACUUCACGGCGCUUAUGAUCGCCUCCCAAGAAGGUCACCGUGAUUGCGUAGAUGCUCUAUUGAAAGGUGGCGCAGAGGUUGACAAAGAGAAGAAGAACGACUUCACGGCGCUUAUGAUCGCCUCCCAAGCAGGUCACCGUGAUUGCGUAGAUGCUCUAUUGAAAGGUGGCGCAGAGGUUGACAAAGACAGGAAGAAUGGCUGGACGGCGCUAAUGAGCGCCUCCCGACGAGGACACCUUGAUGUCGUGAAAACUCUAUUGAACGGCGGAGCAGCGAUUGACAAAAUCACCAAGGAUGGACGUUGGACCGCAUUAGGAGAGGCAGAGGAUGCUGGACACAAAGAAGUGGCCGAAUUCUUAAAGAAGUCAGGAGCAAAACGAUAGAAAGGGUGAUCAAUGAUUGCCUUCCCAGUAACAGGUAAAUAGGCAACGGCACAAAGCCAGGGCUGAAGAGUGACCACUUCAUUUACCGUCAUCAGGGCCCGGACUGGAUCAGGUGGUCACCAUCAAUUGACACAGCACAGUUGAGGAACAUGAGCCAAAGUGAAAACACCCAGCAGCUCGGCGAUGGUCAACGUUAAAUCCAAUCUGCGAUAGCAGGUCAUGCGAUCUUUGAGAUUUCGCGGGAAAUGAAAUUGUCAACAAACGCAAGUGCGCAGUUCAAAUGUCAACAAAUGCGCGUUUGUGAUUGCGGACUGGGUAUUCCCGUUUUUUGAAAAGGGUUUCUUAAAGGGGGACUAUAUAUAGGACCUGGGGGGGGGUCAUGUAUCAGAUGUAUUUGGACCCAACUAAUCCUGUCUCUUCAUUAUGUAACAGGCAAUUUAAAAAAUGUCAUAAAGUACCUUAUUUAUUUUAUUUUAUUUUCGUUCUUUUUCGCAAUGUAUGAGUGGACUUUGACGCAACACAGGUUUUUUGCUUUCAUUACUAGAAAAUUCCUACUUAACUCUUUCAUUAUGAAUAUAAGUUUUAGCUCACUACAGGUGAUUGUUUUUUUUCCUACAGCCGGUGACCUUAGAGAACACCCCUCAUAGUCAGCAAUGCAGUCAGUCAGGGUCUUUAUGACCAACUCAGCUCAUACAUGAAGGAUUGGGGGUCUUUAUCAAAGGUUAUGGAAGAGAUUUUAAAAAUAGCAUAAAAAUCCUAAGCAAAAAUGUGCACUUGUCAUGACUAUCGAACACACUAUCGAAUUGCAAGUGCCAAAAAAUGAUAUUUAUAAAGCACAGUUAAUGGGCUCAUUAGAUUUUUUGAAAAGGCAAAUAAAAAUAAAAAAAGUGAUUUUUGGACCUUUUUUGAAAUGUUGGUUACAUAAUGAAGGGAUGGAAUUAGGUGCAUCCAAAUACAACAGAUAUAUAUGACCAACUUAAUAUACCAUACUCUGAAAACCGCAUUCAAAUAUCGUAUUUUAUCUAUGUGAUAUUUUUUUUAAACGGUGGACAUUUACUUUCUGGAAAGACUGUGCAUUUGGUCCUAUCCGCUGAAAGAGGCAAAUGUAGCGCGUCCUCUCAUUGGGAGAUUGCCCUGCUGGUUUUGAUAGUAUUGCGUCAUUGUGUUCGUUAUUUUCGGGUGACCCUGAAAACAUUCUGAAAUAUAUGUUUUGUAUUCGUGGUCAUUUUUUCCGUCGUAUGCGCGUAGCUUUAGGGAUCUUGUAUACACAAACACAUCAUUCUGUAAAAUUUCAAAAAAUGACUAAAACCCCUCAAAUUCAGGUCAGUAGCUUUUUGAUAACGGGGGAGGUGAACUUUGCAAAGAAAUACCUGAUCUCUAAAACAUUUGCCAAUGACUGACUACUCUCAGCUUUGUUUACACAUGUUGAAGGGAGACUAUAAGCAGUCGCUAGGUAGGUCUGAUCAAAGUGGCAAAUAGGGGCCCCUCCCAUUUCGCCGUACAUCGAAACUAUUCGUGUCUGUAAGAGAAUUAUAAAUCCUGAAUGAACAUUACGAUUCCCCACACGGUGCGUCUGGUACGCCCGAAUACCAUCUUAGUGACCAUCUCAAAAUUAGCUGAUGCCACGAAAGACAAACCUCGGUUAGUAUCUCUCACCCCCCCCCCCCCCCCUGAAAGUCUAAAUGCCAAGAGAGAUUGUCAUCAGAAAAAUACAUUGCUGAUGACAAAAGAAUAUGUAAAUCGUCAACCCCCGCAGACUUACCGAGGUUCUUUUGUGACAUCAGCUAAAUUUGAGAUGGUCCCUUAGCUUUUGCCUAAAUCCCCACUUUAAGUAGGGAGUUUUUGCAAAUCCCUAGAAACGCUAACGUUAACGGCGAUCUCAUUGUUCGACCUCCUGGUCGUCCUGAUAAUUGCAUUAGAUGAUGGGAUAGGCGUUCGCUUUGACGUUUCGGGGAUUUGCGAAAACUCCCCAAUACUUCAUAAACAAAGCGUAUCGCCUCCUCAGCGGAAAAGUUUCAUAAUUUAAAUAUGUGUAUUUUCCUUUUUCGCCUCGGGACAUUAUCGCCUGUGUUCUGUAGUGUCAGUUUAAGCACGCUAUCUUUGACUUUGUGGUUUCAUCAAAAUGGAUAAUUCAAUUUUCAUUUGCACAAAAAACAACGUGCCACUGUAAAUCCUAAGUAUCUCCUAUUCUAAAAUACCUUUAUUUUUUUCUUAAAAUUGAUAAUGUGGUAGUACCAUUUUGACACAGAGGCCUCGGCUGGACACAACCAAAACCUCUUGGGCUUGUAUAAAGUGUGUCAAAAGCAUAUCGCGGUGGAUUAUGCCUAAGAUAGAUCAAGUUUGAGAUUUUUUCAUGAAUGGGAGUUGAUACUUCUGUGUCGAUAUUGGUUGUCUCACUAAUCACUGCUCAGAUGAAGCUGUCAUUCUCUAAACACCUUGGCUGUCUACUCGGGUUUGACCUCGCUCCAUGUUGGCGGUGUUUGGUAAGACAACCAAUAACUCUUGUUCUGUAUCAAUGCCUUAAUCUAUGCAACGUGGCCUCACAACACGGUCAAGGAACUUUCCAGUCCGGCAACGAUCCCCGUUUUGCAAGUUAUUUCUGGGUCAGGGAAGACAUAGCGAGUUACUGCCUCACCGGUGUGAAAAAAAAUUGAGUCCCCCUGGAGAAUUUGUCCUAGCCUUUUUCACAGGCCUUUUUCAUGGCAAGAGAGACUGUAGUCCUUUUUGGAGUUCAGUGUAAAGGGCUAACUGAAUGACAUCCAAUGUAAUGCCAAGCUAAAGUUCGUUAAGUUAGGUUAAUGGCAUACCUUGUGUUGAACAACCUGACCUGGGAUAUGACUUCUCUUAAGGCUGUGGGAAGGACAUCGUCGUCAAAUCUAUAGUUCUAAUGUGAAAACCAAUAUUGUAUGUAAAACCAUGUUUUGUUUUACCGUGAUUGGUGAUUAUUGCGUAAGACACAGAGUUAAAGUACAGGCUUAGUGACAAUGCUUGUUUGGAAUAACCAGACCUGUGGUUUAACACCUCUUUAUUGCUGUGGGAGGUACAACAUCGACAUCAUUAUCAUCAGAAAGUUCUAAUGUAAACAAAAUAUUGUAUGAUGUUAAUAUGUUAUCAUGUCUGGUGAUUUUCAUGUGAUUCGUAAUGACUGCUACAGAGUUAAUACUUAGAUAACUUGUAUUAUCCAGGCCCAGGCCCAGCUCUCUUUAACUCCUGUGAGAGGCACAGUACUGUUAUAAUGCACUUGUAGCAUCAAUAUCAAAACUAUAAGUAGUUCUAAUGUAAUGCAAUUUUUGGCUCACCUGUGAGCCUUUACCAUCAUGCAGUGUCCGUCGUCGUCCGUCGUCGUCGUCGUUAGACAUGGGUAGCGCAUUUUGUAACCGCUCAAGCUUUUGAACUCUAACUUGGUACACAUGUACCCCUAGGUGACCGCUACUCAGAGACUGAAUCGCGGCCUCAUAUGAUAUAGGGUUUCACCACCAGGGGGCCAGAGGUCAAAAAUGGAAAAAUAGUGUUUUCUCCCUUAUAACCUGUCCGAAAAAUUUGAAAAAAAUAUGGUAGGUACUUCUACCAAUAGGACAUCACAUAUCCUCCGGGUUUUUUAUUUGACCUACUUUUGAAGGUCACAGAUGUCAAAGUUUGUCGGCAGCAACGCCGUUAGUUGGUGGUGGCACGUUUUGUAACCGCUCAUGAUAUUGAACUCUAACUUGGUACACAUGUACCCCUAGGUGACCGCUACUCAGAGACCGAAUCGCGGCCUCAUAUAAUACACGGUUUUGCCACCAGGGAGGCAGAGGUCAAAAAUGGAAAAAUUGUGUUUUCUCCCUUAUUACCUGUCCGAAAAAUUUGAAAAAAUAUGGUAGGUACUUCUACCAAUGGGAUAUCACAUAUCCCCCGGGUUUUUGAUUUGACCUACUUUUGCUGGUCACAGAGGUCAAAGUUUGUCGGCAGCAACGCCGUUAGUCGGUGGUGGCACGUUUCGUAAUCACUUUAGCCAGAGAUCUCAAACUUGGUACAAAUGCACCCCUGGGUGACCCCUACUCAGAGACCGAAACUUGGCGUAAUACAAUUCACAGUUUGGCCAAUAGGAGGCCAACACCACCUGCCUCCGAUCAUACCAGCCGACUGAAACAUAUGUCAUUCUUGGUAACUUCAACAUGAAUUCAAUAGAGGGAGGUGAAAAUGUCGAUGCCAAACUUGAAAAAUUCUUUCUCCAGGAAUAUAACAUGAAGCAAAGUCACUGAAGAAACAACUGAUUACCACACCAAAUUAGACCUUGCAUUUACUAAUGCACAUCAUGUGGACCAUACAGGGGUCAUUGACAUUUGCUGGUCUGACCAUGAAAUGAUAUAUACAGCUUUUCCAAUGUCAGAAUCAUUGACCCCAUAGCAUUCCCUUUGACACAGGUGAGCACAUGGUCCCUGGACCAUUUCAUCGGUUUAUUCGUGAUUAUUGCUUUAGAUAUACAGAGUUAACGCUAACUUAAAAUAGCUUGUUUUAUCCAGCCCCAAGCACGUCACGGCCCUCUUUCAUUUUGUGAGAGGUACAUUUACUGUUGAAUGCACCUGUCGCAUCAUUGUCAAAACUAUGCAUAUAGUUCUAAUCAAUAACAGAUUAAUUCAAAAAAACCUCUAACUUGGAUUUCCUCAAUUUCUGAAUGAAAUUGCAACUUUUCAACCUCUACCUGGCAGUCGCAAUUUUUGGAGGAUUGUAAUGGUUAGGGUCUCAAAAUGACGCUAAUGCUCUCCUCUUACAGCCAAAUAGGGCAAUUUAAAUAUUGAUUGAGAAAGUCUAUCACCAGAAGACAUUAUAUGCACAUCUGUUUUUGGCCAACACUGUCUGUCAUGAGUGAGUGUGAUGGUCAUGAGGAGUAAAAGUGUCACAAUAUUCUAAUAGAGCGCGCAUAGAUUGAUUUGCAUAUAUACCACAAAACCAACACACAUAACUCCUCCCACCAACUAGCUGUGAGGUUUUGUCCCCACCUCACACCACCAAAAUUCCUGGUAGGCCUAAUUAGCUAUGCAAGUGGCAUAAAGCUUUGCAAACCAUCGAUGAGCGGAAAAGUCAUGUAAUAUGAAUAACAUGUCAUUUCACCAAGCUCUUACAUCGCAGUUCUUGGCCAUGCUGGCUAUUGAAUCACCAUAUAUUGGGAUUAUCUAAUAAAAUUCCUGGAAAGGCCACAGAUUUAUCAUAAUGCUUUAACAUAUAAAUUUGUAGGCCUAUGCCCAUGUCUGUACAUUGGCCUUCAGUGCAAAAUAAGUCCAAAACUGGUUCUUUUCAAAACAUCAUGACUGAGCCCAUCGGAAGAAAUUGAAAAAGCUGCAAAUAAAAUCACCAUUUACUCAUAAACUAUAUACAUGUAGGGGAUUUUUUUCUGCAAAAUGGCAGCUUGCCCUAGCAAUGACCCUUAUUCACGCAUUGAUAAGGUUUAGGGCAGAGAAAAGUCAAAGGUUUGCUUAUUCCUUCCACCAAAAAUCUUUUUUUUUUUCUCAUGAUCAGGAAGAUUUGUCAACCUGAAAGACUGUUUCAUAUCUUCAAUAUUUGAUACUGACCCUCGAUAUAUCUUUAAUAUAAAUAAGCAAGCAGCAUUUUUUAUUUUAUUUCAUAUUUUAUAGGUUUCGGACUUGUAAAAUUUUAGAAAAAUUCCCCCAGUAUCUCUGCCUCUUGAAGCCCAUCCUUCACAGAAGGUGCUUGUUGCUGACAUUGAUGAUAACACAGUCACAUUUUCUUUACAAAGGACACAGAGUGAAUAGCCUUGAUUUUUUAAGACAUCAAAAAUUGCUUUGUUGGUUUAAUCAUCCAUAGUAGAGUUGUCCUCUAAGGAUUCUAAAAUCCCAUGUCAGGGUAUGUCAUGAUAAUAAAGAAAGUUUUGUAAUAGGUCUUGUCAACAGGACGUAAGCAUAAUGUCUGAUCAUGUCACUCCGGUAGAAAUUGGCAGAUGUCAUUUUCAGUGAUGUUUAAGAUUUUACAGAGAUAAAGGGCAUACAAAAUCAAAAUAAUCCACAUUACAGAGAAAAAUAAUUAAAUCGUGUAGGUAAAAUAUAAUUUUGGCCGAGUUUGCAGUUUGGCAAGAUGAAUAUCCCAAUUUUGUUGGCCACGGGCUGCGUAGUCAUCCGACAUGAUAAUGCUAACUGCUGCUCUAGUUGUUGGGGACAUUCAGUUUGGGACAUUUACAGUGGAUGAAUUAUCUGCCCUUCUAUCAUAUAAUGACCAAGGCAAUAUGGCGUGUUAUUUGGUGUAAAUUCCCCCUCGUAAAUCCGCCAUGCGUGCGGGAUAAGGGCACAAUCUCGCAAAGAAGAACCCAAAUCCCUUUGAAUGUCAUUCUAUCAUCCCUCCCAGCCAUUGGCUUUGUUGUGAAAUGGAACAGUUCAAGACCGAUAGACUUUGGACAGUUCUAACAAUACAGUAGAAGGGAAUGUUCUGUCACUGUUCCAACCAACAUCACAUUCCAAUGGUUACCUCGCCUGAACUGAUUACGAGAUGACAGAUAGAUCACGGUCAUGAUCAAUAAUAAACUGACACGCCUGCAUCAAAGGGGUCUUAUCCACCGAAUACUACAUGCACACACUAAAAAGUUUUCAUAUUUUACUUGUAACCUUGUUGUUGAACUUAUCAAAGUAGAUUCUAUUUUCAAAAACUGUAAACUUUUAUUGCUAAUUUCCAUAUUACUACCCACCCACUGGAUUGGCCCAAGCUCUACCAUGGCAACAUUCAUUACUUAUUCAUGUGUGUGUGUACACUAGCGGCGUAUAAGGGGAUAAAAGAGCACAAUAGGACCAUUGUCUGAAAAUUGGGCUCAGUUGUAAAAACAGCUGUACAUACAAUGCAACAUUGUGAUGAACUGUUUAACGGAAAGACUAAGAAGUAAAUGCCAUUGGGUAGUAGAGAGAAAAUGCAGCGCAGUGGUACAAGAGUCGUCUGAAUCGGUAGACUGGUGCCUGAUCAACAGCUGCCGAAAGAAAGGCUAUAUUAAGUUGGAGGUAUUUUUGAACUAAUCUGUUUUUGUUCUUAUGUAAUGGAAUUUUUAUGUUAUUCCUGAUUGCUUGCAGAUAUACAGAGUUAAGUUGAAACAAUUUGAAACCAGACCCUCUUUCACCCGGUGAGAGGUACAUUUAUUGUUGAAUGCACUCGUGGCAUCAUUAUCACAACUAUAUGUCUUGUAAUUCUAGUGUAAACGUAGAGAUUUUACUGGCGCGAAUCAAGGAUUUUUCGUGGAGGCUUUAUAUCAAAUGCAACCUCGGGCGGGCGCCGUCGGCGGCCUACCCAAGAAGAUUUUGAACAAUUAGAAGGCCAUUAGAUGCGAUUUCCAAUCGUCUCAGCAACACUGUGCUGCCGGCCCACUGACAGAAAAUGUUGGUAUUUAUCAAUAAGAAUGCUGUCGAUUCGAUUUCCCAGUAUCCCUGCUUCUAAGGGCUCAAGUAGUGAACAUCGACCCCCUAAGGUCCUCAGGAUGAACAGGAAUGCGCUCCCAAUGAAAUUUCUUUCUUCAGAUGGCCGUAAUUAGGCGAUUUUCAAGCAUCUCAACAUCAAGUAUGAUUAAGCUGACGGUGGUGACCUUUUUGCCAAACAAAGUCCUUUCGUGAACUUUAUGACAAAGCAAUGGGGACCUUAGGCUCCUCACCCAGAAGAAAAAUCCCUUUUGGGAAAGUUAAGCGUAAAUGCGAUUUCUUGGCAUCUGAUAUAAAACUUAAAUUCACAGGAACUUUUGCAAAUACUUCUUCACCAAAUGUAACAUGUUUGUCAGGAGUCAACAUGCAUUUUAGGAGGGUGCGGGUCUGCUCACACGGGCCAUGUUUAGUACCCGAGGUAAAGUGAUAUAUAGAGACUGAGAGAAAUGUGCAAAAAGAAAGCUUCCUUCUACCAAAGACGUUUCGUUUCCAAAUGUCGGUACCAACUACUAAAUCUUGUGAGAAGACGGCUCUAAUAAGUACAUGUAGUGUACAUGUAGUGUGAUUUUCAAAUUAGGACGUUUGGACUCGAUGUCAAGGGGAGGGAGUUUCACUUAUUGUCUAUAAAGGCAAUAGGCUGUGGUACGGGUGUCUGCUGAAGAAAUAACAGUCUAUGCAACAUUGGGUCCGAAUAAUUUUCUUUACUGCUAAAUGUCGAAAAAUGGUUUGUUGGAAGUAGCGGGGUCAUGACACCAAUCCCCUUCCCCUGGAUCCGCGCCAGUUACAAGUAUGCUUUUCUUAUAUCGUGCUUUAUGAUUUUUGUGUGAUAUUUGUUUAGCGUACAGUCAACCUCGCCUAACUCGACUGUGCUCAACCUCAAAACCAAGUCACCUGAUACCAAAGGCCCGAUUUGGCCAGUAUUUUCAAUAACCUCGACUAUGAUCAACUCGAAAAUCAAGUCGACUGAUACAAAAACCCGAUUUGGCCAAUAUUUUCAUAAGAAUCGACUGUGCUUAACUCGAAAACCAAGUCGACUGAUACAAAAAGCCCGAUUUGGCCAAUAUUUUCAUUGAGCUCGACUAUGCUCAACUCGAAAACCAAGUGGACUGAUACAAAAUACCUGAUUUGGCCAAUAUUUUCAUUAAAUUCGACAGUGCUCAACUCGAAAACCAAGUCGACUGAUACAAAAGCCCGAUUUGGCCAAUAUUUUCAUAAAAAUCGACUGUGCUUAACUCGAAAACCAAGUCGACUGAUACAAAAAGCCCGAUUUGGCCAAUAUUUUCAUUAAGAUCGACUAUGCUCAACUCGAAAACCAAGUCGAUUGAUACAAAAUACCUGAUUUGGCCAAUAUUUUCAUUAAGCUCGACUGUGCUCAACUCGAAAACCAAGUCGACAGAUACAAAAUACCUGAUUUGGCCAAUAUUUUCAUUAAACUCGACUGUGCUCAACUCGAAAACCAAGUCGACUGAUACAAAAAACCUGAUUUGGCCAAUCUUUUCAUGAAACUCGACUGUCCUCAACUCGAAAACCAAGUCAACUGAUACAAAAGCCAGAUUUGGCUAGUAUUUUCAAUAACCUCGAUUGUGCUCAGCUCGAAAACCAAGUCGACUGAUACAAAAACCUGAUUUGGCCAAUAUUUUCAUGAAACUCGACUGUCCUCAACUCGAAAACCAGGCCAACUGAUACAAAAGCCCGAUUUGACUAGUAUUUUCAAUAACCUCGACUGUGCUCAGCUCGAAAACCAAGUCGACUGAUACAAAAAACCUGAUUUGGCCAAUUUUUUCAUGAAACUCAACUGUCCUCAACUCGAAAACCAAGUCAAUUGAUACAAAAAGCCCGAUUUGGCCAACAUUUUCAUUAAACUCGCCUACGCUCAACUCGAAAACUACGUUGAUGGGUACAGAAGGCCCGAUUGUGCCAACAUUAUUUCCAUAAAAACUCGCACCACUUGUGUCGAUUUUUCUGACUCGUCAACGAGAUGUUCACGGUACAUUUGUCAAAAUGUCAUGUGAAUUCUUUUCUCGAAGUCAAAGCUCUGUGAAUUGGCUUUGCACAUGUGCAGCGUGGUCAAUAACACAAUACACUAGGGGCGUUGUGCGCAGGUUGUCUAUCGAAGUUGCAUUGACUGCGCAUGUGUUCGAAUAUUCAAAAGAUAUUCGUUACGGUGGAUUUUGAGCAAGUUUAACACAGCUCCUAUGCAUGGUCAGAUCAUGUGUUGUACACCGAAACCCCGUGACAUCGAUUGACAACACGAAGACAUUCGAUUUGGUGUAUGUCGAAACUCAUCUAAGUCGAAGCUAUCAUCGGUGACCACAAUCCGAGUGAGGCGAGGUUGACUGUAUAUAUAACAUUAGUUAUUGUUAUUCAAGACCGAAACAGAAAUAAACCGUAAUCUGAUAGAAUA